CGAACUAAAUUUGCAUGCGCUGUCGCGAGCGCGGGUAGACUUUAUGUCCCACGCCCUAGACCUAGAGCGCGGCACCACAGCUCAGCGGUGAUGAUACCUGUGAACGCUUAAACAAAAGGUACAUACAUCAUGACAAAAGAUAAGCCUCCGGGGCUGCCGACGCGCGCACAAUUGGAAGACCGGUCAUGGCGCGCACUGAAGGGCGCGGUAAACUACGUGUGGCAGCAAAACCUGGUCUCGUGGUGCUUCAAGGAGCCGGUGGACGAGGCGCGGCACUCGGCGCCCGGCUACUACGCCGUGAUCGCCAACCCGCAGGACCUGGGCUCCAUCCGCAGCCGGCUGGAGGGCGGCCGCCACUACAGCAGCCCGCUGCAGGUGGACCGGGACGUGCGCCAGAUGGUGCACAACGCCCAGACCUACAACAGUGCGGGCCACGUGGUCCACAAGGCGGCCGAGGACUUGUUGAAGCUGUGGGCGGAGCAGUGGGAGGCGCGGCGCGUGGGCGUGCUGUGGGAGGCGGCGCAGGCGGCGGCGGCGGGCAACCAGGCGCUGCUGGCCAACCUCAUUGCGGUCAGGUCCCGGUCCGGCAGUGUGCCGCCGCCGGGGGGCGCGCAGUCAGCCGACGGUGCCGCCGGCCCGCCCGCCGUGCCCGACGCCGCGGCCAUGGCCGCCGCGGCUGAGAAGCGCAAGGCGGCCAUCCGCCGCAAGCGCGCUGCGGCGGCGCAGGCGCAGGCGGCCGCGGGCGGGCCGCGGCACCGGUUGGCGGCGGGGGCUCGGGACGCGGGGGCGGCGGUGGUGAUGCCGGAGGACGACACGCCGCUGACGCCCGUGCGUAUCCUGCUGGGCAAGCACGCCCCGCUGCACGGCCCCGACCUGGACGCCUCGCCGCUGCCGCUGCUGCGGUCGCUGCUGCGCGCCACCACCUGGCUGCCGCCCACCUUCAUGUCGUGCGGCGGCCGCAGGGCGCAGCUGCUGGGCGGCCGCACCUCUGAGCCGGAGCUGCUGCUGGUGCGCUGCCUGUGCUCCGACUGCGCCGCCUCCCAGCUGCCCGGCUACAUGCCGCUCACACACUUUUACAUGCACGCCCACCCCGCCGUGUCCGACGCACCGGACGCCGCCGCCGCCGUGCUCACCUGCACCGCCUCCGGCGCGCUGGCGCCGGGCGCGGGCGAUGAGGAGGCCGCGGCAACAACAGCAGCAGCAGCAGGAGGCUCAGGAGCGGCUGCGAGGCCGGCCGGGCCGGGGUCGGCGGGCGCGCCGGGUGCGGCGGCGUCGGCGCGUGUGGCGGACAUGGAGUCGUUGAAGCGGCGUGUGUGGGGCGCGCUGAGGUGCGGCGGCAGCCUGCUGGGCGCGGAGGAGCAACCCUUCCUGGACCUGAUGCGCGCUCGCGCGGAGGCGGGCGGAGGCGCGGCGCUGCUGGGGCGCCGCGUGUGGGUGUACCACUUUAGCGAAUUUUCCCCGCAGCAGCAGCCUGGGCAGCAGCCGGCGGCACCGGGGGCGGCGGGGCCGGGUGCUGCGGCGGCUGAGGAGGGGGGUCGGGGCGAGGAGGGGCCGUACGGCACGUGGCUGCCGGCGGCCGUCACCGCCUACUACGCCGACAGCGGCGAGCAUGAGCUCCGCUACGACGCCGACCCCACCGGGCCCAGCGAGGUGGUGCAGCUGGGCGGCUGCUUCCUGCACUGGGGCGCGCAGCCGCCGCCGCAGCCGCCACUGGGCGUGCCCUCCGGGCCGGCAGGCGACCGGCCGCGGCUGCCGCUGUCCGAGGCCCAGCUCACCGACUUCUUCCCAGACCGCUGGGACGGACCGCUGCCGCCAGCACCGCCGCCAUUGCCGCCGGCGCCGUCAUUGCCGAUGCCGCCACAGGUCGUGGCGGCGGCGCUGCCAGAGCCGGGUCUGGCAGCGCCUGUGUCGGGGACGGCAGCGCCGCCACGCGGGGCCUCCGCCUCCGCCGCUGCCACAGCGAUGAUGGCGGCGGCGGCUCGCGCAGCCGCCGCCGGGCCGGAGGCUGCGGCGUCGUACCUGCGCUCCGUGUCCUCGUCCGGUCCCAACAGCUCCGCCGCCGCCGCGGCGGCGGCGGCGGCCAACGCCAUUGCCGCCGCCGCGGCGGCCGCCGCCAGCGCGGCGGCGGAGGCGCCGAUUGUGAUUGACGACGAUGACGACGACGCGGAUGUGGAGACGCUGAACCUGCAGGCGCAGUUUGCGGCGCUGGCGUCGCAGCUGGCGGCGGACGGCGCGGGAGGCCCCGCACCGUCAGCGGCGUCGGCCUCGGCGGCGGUGGCGAUGGCGGCGGCGGCGCCGGGGAGCUCGGGCGCGGGGACUUCACCGCAUCAGCGGCUGGGGUUCCUGCGGGCGUUCCCGCCCAUCCUGGCAGACGUCGCGCGGAGCUACGCGGUGGACACUCAGAUCCGGCAGCGUGUGGCUGGCGCGCUGCUGAGCAAGUCGCAGCAGGACCGCCUGGCCGCAGACAACUGCCAGGCCACACGCACGGCCCUCAUGUCAGAGGUGCUCAAGACGCUGCUGGAUCGACCGGACCUGGACGCACAGGCCACCGCCCGCGCCCGGGAGUGGAAGGCCAAGUGGGCGGCCAGCCGGCGCGAGCCCAUGGCGGACGCCGCCACCACCGCCGUCAUCCUGGCGGCGCUACCAUCCACUGGCGCAGGGCCGGACAUGGCAGCCGUAGCGGCGGCGGCUGGCGGUGGUGGUGCUGCUGCUGCUGCUGCCACCUCGGGUCUGGGCUCCGGCUCCUCACCCGCCGUGCCGGGGCUGCCCGCCAUCAACCCGCACCCAGGCUCAUCAACGGCUGCUUCGGCCGCUGGAAUGGGGGGUAGCGGGGGGCGUCACGCGCCCGUGCCGUCAUCGCAUGAGCUGUUGCCGCCGCAGGCACGGCAGGGACCGGGGCAGGGGCAGGCUCGCUCGGGGGCAGGGGCCGCAGCAGCACCGCCGCCUCACCCUAUGGCGCCUGGGCCCACCGCGCCGCCCCCACGCGUCGCCUCCCCGGUGCCGCAGCCGACCGCCCCCACCGCCGGCGCCGUCGCAGUCGCCCAGCGGCACCCGAGCCCCUUUUACCCGAUGUCCCACAUGCACCCGGGCAUGCCGCAGCACGCGCAGCCGGGGGCUGCCAUGGCGCCUGGCCCCUCCUCGGCAGCGCCUGCGGGCGCGGCAGCGCCACCGACCACCGCCCCAGCGACCCACCCCUACGCCGCCGCGGGCGCAUACCCACCACCAGGCUACAUGCACCACCCGCCCUACCCCCACCAUGGCUACAUGCAACACCCCUACUCGCAACCGCCCUACCCGCCGCCGCACCUUCACGGCCCGGCGUAUCCGUACCCACACCCGUACCCGUCGCAACCACCUCCCGGGCAUCACUACCCGCCGGAUGGGGCUGGUCACGAUGCUCAGGCGGCGAAACGCCAGCGGACCGAGGCCAGCGCGGCGGCGGCCGCUGCUGGCAACCCCAUGGCACCGGGGCCGGGGCCGGCCGGGGCGCCUGCCAACGCGGCGGUGCCGGCGGCCUACGGUGCAACUGACACAGCAGCCGCGCCGCCCAUUGGCGGCAGCGCGGCCGCGGCAGCCAGCAGCGGCGGCCAUGGCAGCGUCGCAGGCGCCGACGGAAACGUGGACGAAUCAGCAGGCGGUGUUGCGGGGGGCGCAGGCGGAGGCGGCACCACCGCCACCGGUGGUGGCGGCGGCGGCAACGGCGGCUCGCGCGUUCUUGACACAGGCACCGCGACGGAGACGGCGACCGGCGCGACGUCGCGAGGGCCGGCGGCGUCGUCUGGCGGCGGCGCCGCGCCGCCGGCCUCCGCGGCGGCGCCGUCUGGCAUUGACGCCGCGGCCUGGCUGAGCAGCCGCUUCCGGCCCAUGACGCAGACGCCCAAGGACGUGGUGGAGAUGUGCGCCGCCAUCAACGGCCUCAUGGAGCAGGUGCCGCUGCCGCCUGCUGAUGCGCGCGCGGUGCGGAAGGCGAUGCGGCAACUCCAGAUGGCUGACCGCGACAAGUUCAUCGGCGUCACGUACAUGUCGCUGGUGGCAGCCGCCAAGGCCGGAGACGACGGCGAGAUUCAAGACAUACUGGAAGAGCUGCGGGAGGCGGCGGACUCCCUGCAGCGGCAGCAGGACGCACCCAAGGCCGAGGCCAAUAGCGAAGCGGCCUGACACGGCGUUCCACCCCAAGUGGCGUUCGGGAUGUGUGGAGCUGGGUAUGGCUGAGCGGGGGCCAUACGCCCAUAAUGGCUGUGGGGUAGUGGUGGUGCAGAAAGCCUGCGUGGUAGUGCAUCACUGCACGAACACUCUGAAGAGCUGCAUUUUGUACUUGCUUUAUUGGUGGCAUGUGGCAUGGGGCUGGGGCUCCCUUCUACCUGCUACGACCUGUAGGGAUACGGUUUUGCGUGCAGUGCGGGGGGGGGGGGUGUUUCUUGAUGUGUGUCACGUCAAUCAGCGUCAGGCCCAGACGCCCCCGUGGAGGCGCAAGCCAUUUUAUCACUGGUAGCCUAGACGUCGAAAACGCGAGUGGGAAAGCGACCGCGGGAGGGCUAUGGCCAGCAGGCCAGACUACUGUAAAGUGCAUGUUUC